AGCGGAACCCGAGGAUUUGCCGACCACGAAACCCAGUUCUGGUCAGCCUCGACAUGGACUUAGCGGCUUCAUUGUAAAGGUGGGUACACGUUACAUGACCUACUCUUAUGCGACACCAGGAGGACGACACUGCAGAUGCACCUAAGGCUUGUCUCUCUGACGCCUACGAGCCUCAUUCCUGGCGUCUCUGAUGCAAGCGGCAACCGAUGAUCCUCUGGCAUCGCCGCAAGAGUCGGACGCUGAGCAACCCGUCUCCGUACCCAAGACCCGGCCUAAGAAGUCGCCCUUGUCCUCGGUCACAAGUCUCCCAUACCGGCGGUCAAAUGUUUCGCUAUCAACCCUCUUCGCCUCAACAACAUCACUACCUUCCCAUCAGAAUGCGGGCUCUCCAAGCGAGUCGGGAACGGUGACCCCUACUACCGGAGUCAUCAAUGGCUCCGUCUUCUCUCCUGGCGUUGCGGCGGCUACGGUUCGCUCGCCUUCACCGGGUCAGCCCAUACAACCUGGCGCAAGUACAGAGACACGAGAUCUAAUUGUGCGAGCCUUUGCGCCUCACGUGUCUGUGCUAGCCUCACAGGACACCGAGGAGCUCAUUAGACACAAAGGCAUUCAUGGCGGGCUUCUCGAGCUUCUGCGGCCUUUCGGCGAGCAUGUGCAAGGCAAGGUCACCAUUCGCGACAGCGCCGGUGUAAGUCGGUCGUGGGAAGACUACGGCAUACGAUUUGUAGGUGUAAAGGAUGGCUUGGAAAGCCCACGCAUAGCGGAUCGACGAAGUACAGAAUCAGCGACGGGCUCCAAACGAAACAGUCAGCGUGCUUCUGCGCUCGAGUAUAAGCCGGCAAGGUUACGCUCGGGCGGCGAUGUGCCACAGAUCGAGGAGCUUAUUGACCGUCAUCUCACCUUCGCCGAGGAACAGUCCGGACCGGUCGAAGCGGACUACCUCACACAUAAGGAUGCACAGUCACGCGAUCGAAGGACGCCUUCGCCGUUCUACUUGUUGUAUCUGCGCCGCUUACUGUCCGGCCUGCCGAUGGUACCAUCGGAAACGAUGUCGCACCCGGUCGCUUCUGUCAUAGCCAUCUCUUCUCGGUCAGCUUCGCCGAUCGAAGAGUUGCGCAACUUGUUCGCUUCAUCCAACCAAGGCGAGCAUCGACUGCCUCAAUGGGUGAACAACGAAUUCUUGCGCUAUUACGUCCUUGUUCACGAUGAAGAUUAUGACGAUAUCACGAAGUCUAUGAGUUUGUUUGAUCAAAUGAAACGCCAUUUUGGUCUACAUUGCCAUCUGUUACGCUUGCGGAGCACGCAGUGCCUGCCCUCCGACGACGGUGCGAUGAAGCUUCCGCGGUGUGAAUGGACAGCCGCAGCCGAAGAGCUGGCAGAGAUAGUUCGCCGCGAGACGAGUGAGGACGACGAGGACCCAACACCAUGCAUAUUCGAGUCCGACGCAAACGCAAUCCGCGCGUUUGUGCGUGAAAUGGUGACGCAAUCAGUCGUGCCGUCUAUGGAGCGAGCAUCAGCAACUUGGAACGACCAAGUCGCGUCUCGAAGACGUGGGCUGACUGGACGUUUCAUGUCGAUCUCCAAACGCUUCACCGCAUUCGGCGGCCGCAACGCUUCCGUGCCUGCUCUAGGCGCAGGCAGCAGCAACUACGACAGCUUGCAAGGCUUCUACCGGCCAGACGCGCCGGAAGCCGUCAUGCGUAAGCUAGCCGACUACUCCAUGAUGCUGCGAGACUACAAGCUUGCGCAGAGUACGUACGAGAUCCUUUGCACGGACUUCAAGAACGACAAGGCGUGGCGAUACUACGCUGCUGCUAGUGAGAUGUCGGCUGUCAGCUCGCUCAUCGCCAUGAGUGCCCUGAGCACGAGGGUUCGCGUAGACACAAUUGACCAGGCUUUGGAGACAGCUUACUACUCGUAUAUCACGCGCGUCGGCGCGCCCUACAAUGCACUGAGAACACUUGUCAUCGGCCUUGAGCUCCUCAAGCUGCGUGGCGGAAGUGCUCUGGACGACGCUGCAAGGUGGUGUACCAGAGUGCUCGACGACAGACUUAUCGGUCCAGUGGGCCACGUCUUGAUAAUGGAGAGGGUAGCUUCCUGUUAUACUGAACGGAAAGGGGUCGGUGGGUUAAGCAGCGGAGAUAGACGUCGGAAAGCAGCUUUCUGGCACACGCUCGCCGCAGACGCUUGGCUGCGAAUGGAGAAAACGAGUCAAGCCGAGCAAUGCUUGUCCGAGUCUGUGCGACUGUACAAGCUUGAUGACGGCGAGGUGCAUUUCGAGGGCAUGGAACACUUUCUACGGGCGCUGCAACAAGCGGUGAAAACAAACAGUCACGCACCCCAGCAUGUCGAGGGCACCGACCUGCUCGCUGAUGAUGACGAGCAGACGCUCGUCGAGCCCUUGCAGGAGCAGAAUGAGCAGUUCAGCCCUCGAUCGCCGAGUCAUGGACAUCGGAAGAGCUUGAGCAUUGCAGCUGUGCUUCCACCUUUGCAGACAGACGUUGGUGGCGACCCGCUUGGUGUGCUUUCCAGUGCGUACGAAGAGACGCCCAUCGCAAGCGUGUUGAGUCCGCAUGGCAGAGACCGAGGCGACUUUGUGCCCACCAGCAGCCCUGCCGUGGAACGGAGGGAUCCGAGAGACGAUGGGUUUGAGUGAGCAUGGGUCAAGCACCCUGAUCGUUAGCGAGGCGUCUGGUGUCAAUAUCUCCGUCAUUCUGAUUUCCUCUCCAAGAGUUUCAAGCCCUCAUCUUACGUCUAUAAGAUCAUUUGGCAUGUCGAGGCCUCAUGUCCACGUCCAGCAACCGAAGUGACUCGCGGCACAUGACGGCUGAGUGGAUCGCGAAUGGCGACAAGCGCCCACUUUCAUACGCUAUCUUUACAACGCUCUAGGUUACGGAUGCUUCAAGCUCCUACUGUACGCUAUGCAACGGCCUGCCGUCCCACGAUGUUGUCCUUGCCUUUGUAUC